CACUCAAAUAAUUUAUGGAUCGCACGCUCCUUCGAACUAAAAACGGACAAAUUUUCAUAUCAAUCGACGGUUCGCCGUAGAUUUGAACACCUGAUCAUCACGCAACACGAUGCCUGCCAGGCUCGCUCAUCGUCACGCAUCACGCAAUUGCCAUUGCUGCUUCAUGAAUGAAGUAUGCGUAGAUGCCAAGUAAAUUAGGAACAUCAAUAGAGAAAAAAGCGUUUAAAAUAAAUGGGCGUUAGAAAUGACAAAAAGGGUUCGUUCGAGAGUAAAGGCAGAUCGGAUUUUCAUUCGUUUUCACAAUCGACCUUUCAGCUUUGGGAAACCAAUUGAAAAAACAUUUUAAUUAUUGAAAGUGAACGAAUGUUUUAAUCGAACGAAAAAUCGGUGUAAAAACACAAGUAUAUGAACACAAUAAUUGAUCGUUCGAUAUCAUACGGAUAAAAUAAAAAAUAUUCGAAUCAAAAGUACUCAUUCGUGAAAAUUCAAUGAUACAUUGUCUGUUGAAGAAUUCAAUUAAUCAUUUUAAUUGUCCCCCAAGACAAAGCCCGAGGUUAUAAUCACGAGUUAAGUGUUAUGGAGCUAAAAUAUUUAGUAAAUGGCAAAAGCCCUAAUUUAUUAUUUUGUAGCAGUGAUUCAAUCCUGCCGGGUUUUUUUUUCAUUUCGUGAAUAAAGCGUAGUUCCAUUUUUGCUUCUACCAGAGCACUGCCUCGUCAGGGUUGGCUGAAAAUUUAAAAAAUAUUAUUUCCAUCGUAUUUUAUCAGCAAAUUCAAAAAGUUCGGAUAGUUUAUGUGGCGCUACGGUAGUUGUGCAGCUCGAAAAAAAGUGAUUGUCAAACUGUGAUGCCUCAAAAAGUUUUUCAUUCCAGGCCAACUAAUCUGUACUGAAUAUUCACUCGUGUAAUUCCUUGAGCAAUCAGUAAAUUGAUCAAAACAAUUAUCAACAUUUUUUUCAACCGACUAGCAACGUUCAUUGAGGAUUGAAAAAUGGGUUCGAUUAUUCUUACGAUAAAAUUGUGACCUCGCUAAUAAUCAGUGACAUCCUUUCACUCAAGUAUUCGAAGAGAAAACUCCAAAAAAAUUAAUAACCAAUAAGAAAACUAGAACAAAAAACGUUCGACUGCAAACUCGAGGGAAACACUGAAAUUCCGUCGUUUAUUUUCUCCGUUCCCCACAAUGGAAACGAACAUCAAAAUCGAAAAAGACGAACGAAGAAACUCCAUCGAGAAAAUACUGAUGCCAUCAACGUUCGUUUGCUGGCUGCUGGGAGUUGGUGUACCGAGGCCCCUGAAAUACUCAAAAAUGUCGACGAUUAUUUUACGUUUUGUGCACUUCGCGAUGUGCUCCGUUAUCGUUGCUUACGGGGCAAUUGAUUUCUUCACAUUUGGAGCCGUUUUCAAAAGCGACACAUUCAAAAUAAUGUAUUACUCGAACAAAGUAGCUUGUUACAUUUCCUCGUAUUACUACGUCUUUCACGGUCUCCACCAUUACGAAAAGUGGCCGGAAUUGAUGGAAAAACUGUCGAUCAUUGACAAGAAAUUGAAGCGUUUUUUCCCAGCGAAUUUCAACCGAAAUAUCAAACUUUUUCAACUAUUUUCUCUCUUCGCAACGAUUAUGAUUGGUCCAGUGUCGAUGAUAUCUCACGGCGUUUACUACUAUUUUAUUCGUCCCGAGGAUAUUUUCGCAUCGGAUCUUCUACUCUAUUACACAAUGGCCCAAUCGCUCAUCGUCAAUUUCUCAUUCGAUCUGACAGUCAUCGCGAUUUACGAUCGUUUUAGGGCGAUCAAUCAAGCCAUUGGAAAAAUCGAUGAGACUUACACGGCUGCGCUAAUCGUUCACGAGCUUCGACGUGCGAGAGAACUCUACCAUGAUUGCCAAAUUUUUGUUUUUUCAGGAGUAUGUCAAAUCGUCAGAUUUUUAAACGGUAUCUAUGGAAUCCACUUGCUCCUCAGCUCCGUGAAUUCGUUCACGAUGGUAGUGGCAACCCUCUUCCGGAUUUAUAUGGGCGUUGUCGAGAAAAAAUAUUCAUUCAUGUUAAUCAACAACGUAAUCUGGAUCACUCACGCAGCACAGUUCGCCAUAACGUGUGGUGUUUGCUCGAGAGCAGGAAAGGAAUCUUCGAAGACAAUUGUUUGCGUUCACGAAAUUGUCCUGAGUCGGGUACCAAAAGCUCGCUCUCCUUGUGACUUGUACGCUGUGGACGUUGCGAGAAUAUCAUUGGAUUCGGAAAUUUCGUUGAGACACGAGAUCAAUGACUUUUCCUCGCAGCUACAAUCACGCGAUGUCUUUUUCACGGCCAGCGAUUUCUUCGACAUGGAUAACGCACUUCUGCGCAGUUUCAUCGGUGUCAUCACUACGUAUCUCAUCAUUCUCGUCCAGUUUUAUCAACCGGAAACUGACCAAGAAGAAACAUUCACGACUUUGGGACCGGAGGCCAUUGAGAUCUGA